CCUCAGCGCAAUCCUCGAAUCACACUCUCAUAAGUUCUUACAAUUCAUCCUGGCUCUUCUAAAAAUCAUAUCUUCAUAUCCAUAAUGCCCAAAGAAAAGUCCGUGAAUCCCGCACAAGCCCAGCGCAAAGCUGAAAAGGCGAAGGCUAUCAAAAAAGGUAUGUAUGCAAUCAUUCAAUGCAGAUGUUAGCUUGUGACAAAAUAUUAAUAUAUCACCAGGCAAGGCCUCUCUACAAGCUCAAAAAAAUGAACGACUCGCCAAAAAGAAUCCACAACGUCUACAAUCCCAACUCGAUGAUUUCAAAAAGAUAGAAAGUUCUGGUGGAAAACUCACAAGUCAUGAACGGUCAUUGAUAGACGGAUUAGAGAAGGAAAUAAAAGCUGUAAAUAAAGCGCGCGAAGCUUUGGGUGAUGCAGCGCCCCAAUUUUCACAUUCGAGGGGUGGAUUUGGUGGGGAUAGGGGAGGAAGAGGUGGUUUUGGUGGAAGAGGUGGUGGCGGUGUUUUGGGGAAAAGGAGGAGGGAUGGGGGAAUGGAGGAGGAGAGUAGUGACUCGGAUGUGGAUGAGGAGGUUAAGAGGAUACCGAUGCCGAGAGAUACGCCACCUCCUUUCCCAAAAGAAGUGCUGGAUAAAUGGUAUGCGGCGCGACGAGCACGUUAUCAGGCACAAAAUCAAAAUCAAAAUCAAAAUGACGAGAGGAGUGGAGGCACAAAUGCAAAUUCUACGCCAUUAGGAGGAAAAGAUCGUGGAGAGUUCGGUGACCAGGAUUCUGGAAGUGGUAAGAAGGUGCAGCAGGAAGUUAAGACGGUAUAUGAAGCGAAACCACAAAUACGAGAUUUAAGGAAGGAGGCUGUGGCUUUUGUGCCGGCAGCUGUGAGGGCAAAGAUGCAAAAAGGGAAAGGAGAAGGUGGAUUGAUGGAACCGGAAGAGAUGGAAAGGUUAGAGAAAGAAGGUUAUAUUGCUGGUAGUGGUGGACAAAAAGAAGAUGCUGGGGAUAGUGGACAAGUGAAUGUAGAGAUGGAGGAAGUGGAGGAUGAGGAUUAUACUUAGGUUGCAUUGACAAGUGUGGAAAGUAUAUAUGUGGGAUAAGUGAUAGAUGAUGAUACCCCGGCGAGAUUGAACGAAAAAUUGAAUCUUCGCACUACCUUGAAAAUGGAUCUUCAAUUAUAAAUAUCGCGUUCAAAUCCCACGGACUUAGAUAAGUUGGAAAGUGGUAUACAAGUGUAUGCAACAUGAGGUCGAAAAAGACUUACCGUGGCAAUUA